GUAAUCAGACCAUUUCCAAAGAGGAAGCCUAUCCACGAGCCAAUAAAAAGUAGAACAGAAGUCGAGAGAGCCUUUGAUCAUUAGUGCAUGUGAUGGGACUUGAUGUUUCUGCUCUUAUAGCUGAGAGGACUAGCGAUGAGGGGGCGAUACACUGAGUCUAUUCAGUGACAGAGACAUAGCUUAAAAGAGACUCUGCAUCAUCUGUAAGGUGUGGGUGGAGCUUUAUCCUCUGGCUGUCUGCUUUCUCUCUGACAUCAGCUGUGAAGAUUUUUCAUCAGAUUCACCAAUAGGUGUUGUUUCCUGUAGGCAGCUAUGGCACCAGGGGAUGUGGUGCCAGACCAUGCCAAGCAGCUGAAGUCCAAGGAGAAGCGGCCUGGAAACAAGGCUUCAAAAGCAGACUGCGAGCCUGAUGGGUCCUUUGUCUUCGAGGCUCAUGAGGCUUGGAAGGACUUUCAUAACUCCCUCAGGCAUUUCUACGAAGUAGGAGAGCUCUGUGACGUCACGCUGAAGGUUGGCAGUAGGUUGAUACCAUGCCACAAGCUAGUGCUGGCUUGUGUGAUCCCUUACUUCAGGGCCAUGUUCCUGUCAGAGAUGUCCGAGGCCAAGCAGGAACUGAUAGAGAUCAAGGACUUUGAUGGUGAUGCCAUCCAGGACCUGGUGCAUUUUGCCUACUCCUCCAAACUCACAUUAACUGUGGACAAUGUCCAGCCACUGCUUUAUGCUGCCUGCAUCCUUCAGGUGGAGUUGGUGGCAAGAGCCUGCUGUGAGUACAUGAAGGCCCACUUCCACCCCACCAACUGCCUGGCAGUUCGUACCUUUGCCGAGAGCCACAAUCGUGUGGACCUGAUGGAUAUGGCCGACCGCUAUGCCUGCGAGCACUUCACCGAGGUAGUGGAGUGUGAGGACUUUACAUGCGUGUCUCCCCAGCACUUACGCACAUUAUUGUCCUCCAGUGAGCUCAAUAUCCACUCAGAGACACAGGUGUACAAUGCAGCAGUGAAAUGGCUGAAAGCAAACCCACAGCACCACGAGGCCUGGCUGGACCAGAUCAUGUCUCAGGUGCGCCUCCCCCUGCUGCCUGUAGAGUUCCUGACUGGAACAGUAGCUAAGGAUGAGAUGAUCAAAGGUAACCUGAGUUGUCGCGACCUGAUGGACGAAGCCAGGAACUACCACCUGCACCUCAGCAACAAGGUGGUGCUGGACUUUGAGUACUCAGUCCGUACAAUACCCAGGAAACACACUGCAGGGGUUUUGUUCUGUGUGGGUGGCCGUGGGGGUUCUGGUGACCCAUUUCGCAGUAUUGAGUGCUACUCCAUCACUAAGAACAGCUGGUUCUUUGGUCCUGAAAUGAACAGCAGACGGCGUCACGUGGGUGUAAUAUCUGUAGGAGGCAAGGUUUAUGCUGUUGGGGGCCAUGAUGGUAACGAGCACUUGGGCAACAUGGAGAUGUUUGACCCCCUCACCAACAAGUGGAUGAUGAAAGCCUCCAUGAACACCAAGAGGAGGGGUAUAGCCUUGGCAGCGCUUGGUGGUCCUAUCUAUGCUAUUGGAGGUCUGGAUGACAACUCCUGCUUCAACGAUGUGGAGCGUUACGACAUCGAAAGUGACUGCUGGAGCGCUGUGGCGCCGAUGAACACGCCCAGAGGAGGAGUGGGAUCCGUGGCAUUGGGGAGUUUUGUAUACGCAGUGGGAGGGAACGAUGGGGUGGCGUCGCUGUCUAGUGUGGAGCGGUUUAACCCACACCUCAACAAGUGGAUAGAGGUCAGCGAGAUGGGCCAGCGACGAGCUGGAAAUGGAGUCAGCAAACUCAAUGGCUGCCUCUAUGUAGUGGGCGGUUUUGAUGACAACUCACCCCUGAGCUCUGUAGAGCGCUUUGACCCAAGAAUGCACCGCUGGGAGUACGUGUCUGAGCUGACCACCCCACGUGGGGGAGUCGGGGUAGCCACUGUAAUGGGAAGAGUGUUCGCGGUCGGGGGUCACAAUGGGAAUAUCUACUUGAACACUGUGGAAGCUUUUGAGCCACGAAUGAACAGAUGGGAGCUGGUGGGUUCGGUGUCUCACUGCCGCGCCGGAGCCGGAGUGGCUGUCUGUUCGUCACACGUCAGCCAGAUCAGGGACGUCGGCCAGGGCUCCAGCAACGUGGCCAACUGCAUGUGACCGCCCGCCCAACCCCGCUUAUUCCCAGGUGACUGACUGCCAGGUCUUGCCGUCAGACCUGAUCACUGCACAAGCACACAGACAAUGACUGAGUUAUGAGUGAGUUAUUUCGGCAGCCGUCAGCUGCUGUCGCCACUGUAUGAACGUCGGCUUGAAGCUGUUCAGUUUGCACACAGUGACUGAGGAAUAGUAGGGAGAUUUUACUGACUUGACGUGCAUAUCUGACAAAUGAGGUCUUCUCUGACUAAGUGACACGUUCUCCUUGACUCCUGCUGGUGUUAUUUGCAAUCAGUGAUGUAGUAUUUUGUACUGUAUUUUCUUCUGUUUGACUGCCUUGACAUAGUUUGACUUUUGUUUUGUUUUUUAAGGGAAAAUAUUAGCCACGCCUUGUAUUUAAUACUAACAUCUUGAGAAUGAAAAGUGUGUUUGGGUUCAUAACUACUAGGUUAGCUGUGCACAUUAUGAACGGGGACUGUAUAGUGGGGCCUGUAUGGAAAGCUUUUCAACGGGCUCUUCUUAAAGAUGGUUUACUCGUUGUCUCUGCAGUUGUUUUCAUUAUCCACAGAGAUGUGAUCACACUGCAUUCAACACCUUGUUUGCGGUGCAGUGUGUCCAAAAACAUUAUAAUCAAUUAAUCUGAAAUACGAUGUUAAGAUGUCAAAUACAUUUCCAAGAUUCCUUCGAUCUUAUGCCAGGUUAAGUAGAAGUAUCUGUUAGAGCAGUUAGACUUUUCAAAGGUGCUUUUCAACAUCAUUCAAUCAGCAGUUCCAGCUGCAGUGAGCUGGAUCGUAUGCCAGCUUUUAGGAAUUUGCCUGUAAUUGUGUUUGAACAAUCAUUUAUGGCCGAUUGGGACAAAUCAGCCAUUGGUGAGGAGGUGAUGGAUCUGAAGAAUUUAACUGCAAGUGC